CAGGACACACACUCGAACCGCAGCAUCACUGCUUCCACCUGGACUCUCAUCACUCAGAUCACAAUGACCGGGAAGGACGGAGUUGUACUUUCAGAUGCUGAGAACAAGCAGAAAUCGCAGAACACCGUCAACUUCGCGGGCUCCCAGCAGCAGCAGCAGCACCAGCCCCCACUAUGGAAAGUUGCUCCCACAACGCACCGACGCACAGGUUUUGGCAUCCAGGAGCUUCUGGGCCUCAACAAGGAGCCUCCAUCAGCGCCGAGGAGGCCGCUGGAGGCCCUGCCGCACCGGGCACACGUGCUGGCCGCCAGGUCGGCCCUGGGCCACGGUGCUCUCGGGGUCGGCGUGGGUCUUCUCGGCCCGGAAGGGAUCCACUCUUUUUACAGACAGCCCGCUUUUCUGGAGGUUCUCUCGGAUGCGCAGAGCGUGCACCUGCAGCCGCUGCACAGGGCCGCGCACAUGGACGCGCACAUGGACACGCACUCCGCCAGCUCCGAUUCGGAUGACACGAGCCUCUCCUCCAGUGAUAAAAAAUUUCCCAAAUCAUCCUUGAGCCAGAGCAAGAGGAGGAAGAAAAGGAGACACAGAACCAUAUUCACUUCCUAUCAGCUGGAGGAGCUGGAGAAAGCUUUUAAUGAAGCCCACUAUCCAGACGUGUACGCCAGAGAGAUGCUCUCCAUGAAGACAGAGCUGCCAGAGGACAGAAUACAGGUUUGGUUCCAGAACCGCAGAGCCAAAUGGAGGAAGCGGGAGAAAUGUUGGGGCCGCAGCAGCGUGAUGGCAGAGUACGGCCUCUAUGGAGCCAUGGUCCGCCACUCCAUCCCUCUGCCCGAGUCCAUCCUCAAGUCAGCCAAGGAGGGUGUCACAGACUCGUACGCACCGUGGUUGUUAGGUAUGCACAAGAAGUCCAUUGAAAGCACUCACAGUUCUCCAGAGAAACCCAGCAGCACAAUGUCACCACCACAUCUGCAGACGCAGGAGAGGCCAGUAGAUGGAGACCAGGAGGAGGAGAAGCGGACUUGUGAAACACCAUCUCCUGUGACAAAAGAUGAACUGAGAGAGAACAGCAUCGCUGUGCUGCGAGCAAAGGCACAGCAGCACAACGCCAAGAUGCAAGGGACCAUUUCAGACAGAACAAACACUCACCUCAAUCAUAAAGUGGAGGCGGACAACAUGGACGGAACUAAAUCAGGGGAUGACGACAGAUGCAACUGAAAACAGAGCAGAGAAAGGAAAAAGUGACACUUUGGCAAGGUGGAGACAAUACAUGGUUGUGUUCAUUCCCACCUGCACCACUGACCGUCAGCCAUUACUUACCCAACAAGCAGAGUGGUUGGUUGCUGCGGUCACAUCGACCAUCACCAAACACACCAUCCACAUUUUGAAGUAAAUACAUAACCAAACGUUGGUCCCACAACCUCAAGCAAUUGACCAGAGCAAACCAAACACUGUUCUCUUACAUGGGUUUUCUCUGGUCACUUUGAUUUCAAUAAGUAAAAUCAGCUCAAAUGACUGAGUCAGUAAUGAAAAGCCUUAAAAUGGCUGGAAAAUAAGGUUCUCCAUGUGCCAUCACACAAUGUUUGCUCGUGGAAACACAAAUGAAUUGGCAAUUGCACUUUCGUCCUUUACCAUAUCGACUUUUCAGUUUACUUCCUGGAUGUAGCAACUAUUUCAACAAACUCAAUUAACUGAAGGUGAGGAUGACACUGUGAUUCUUCCUGCUAUUUGUGUUGUACAUAAUUUAAAUAAUUAGUUGAUAUCAUGUACAGCCAACUCUGUGUUUGUCUUUGUAUAAAUGUCAAGGUAGCGCAAUUAAAAAUUGAAUA